CAUCACCAGAAAAUAAUGUCGCGUACAAGACAUGGUGUCAAGGACAAUGCAACACCAAUCACAUAUAAAAGGUUGAAAUGCGACAUCGCAUUAUUGGCGAAUCCCGUUUCUCAAAUUUUCCCUAAAUAAAAAGUGAUCCUCCACGAAAGGAUAUGUAACCAACCCAUUUUAUCUAAAAACAAUUUUGCUUACAUCUAGAUUCCAGAGUAGUGAUUGAAACAUGCAUAUAGAUAUAGGGAGCAACCCAUUAGAUCCUUUGUUGCUAUAGCUCCAUGUUCUACAUGGGACAUUGGAUCUAUAGUGAACAGAUGACACUAUUAUAGGAAAUGAAAUUGUGUUGUUGAUCGUGAAAUGAAUGAUGGUGAAUGGAGAUAAGGUUCUCUUGUCCAAUUCAAAACACUGUGACAAGUCCUGGUUGGUGGGACCUUUUUGCAAUUUGGAGAGAUCGAUGUUUAUGUAUCCAUAUAUAUAUAUACCCUACCACCACUUUGUGUUUUGAACCAUUCAAUGUGCUCCAUCCAUCAUCACGCGGCACGUACUCGUCUGAAAUAUGUGAAGCUUUUUUGUACUACUGGUUUAGUCCCCAUUGAAAAGCACUCAGCUAGUUUGAGUAAUUUUAAUUUGUAACGUUGGGGGUUUAGUGAUCAUUGAAUAUGUACGUAGCAUCUAAGUUAGUGCUACUAAUUAUGUUGUAUGAUUCUGAGGUGUCAAGGAUCGAGACUCUGUGAAUUGCUUCGAUCAUGUGAAUUGUUUCGAUUUGUUGCUCAUUUUUGUUGUUUAUAGUCGUUGUUAUGAAUUAUCUGCUCCGUACGAGUGUUACUAACAGAGUCUGGUCAAAAUUUUGACAUGACUUGAUUCGGGCGAGCUCAGGGUUUUGUGAAAUUCUCAUGGUAUCUUUCUUUCAAUUAGUAGUUGUUGUUGUGGUCAAUAUCUACUUCGUAAGAGUGCAUUGAUAGCUCCUAGUUGGAGUUUUGACGUAAACCUAAUUUUAUAGUGUUUUCUCGGGUAAAAAUGAAAUUACAAGUAUUAUCUUAGGAUGUGAACAAAACUACAAUUACAAGUCAAUAUCGACCCAAGUAUAGAUUUUGUGCAACUUUCUAAUUCCAGGCUCCCUCAUAUAAAAGCUAACUCAUCGGGUUUGAAGUCUCCACAUGCCUAUUAUACCAUGUGCAAUAUUGUAGAUCUUGAAGAGUUGAACUCGAUCAAAAUUUGUUUUGGUCGAACCACACUCUUAUACCAUGUCAAUAAUCAAUUAAUCCCUAAUAACUCAACUUAUUAAAAGAAAUCCAAAUACGAAUCUUAUACAAAUUCGUAUCACACUAGGAACUUAAUCAAUAUUUACAAUUUCCAGCCCAUGAAUUCCUUAUAAUCUCAUGGCGGUCCAACACCACCACCACCUAAUAUAUCUAAGCGGAAAUUCCUACAAUACCUUGAAGUUAUUGUAACUUGAUGUUUUUGACUUGCUAUAACAGGUUUUACAAGUCGCAUUAUGUAAAUUACAAUAGGUAUUACGUAAUGGUUACGUAAUGUGUGUUUAUCUUACGUAAUAGUUGAAAAAUGUCAUUACGGAAACCUUACGUAAUAAACACUCAUUUUACGUAAUGAAUAUUAACCUUUCGUUACGUAAUCUGUUAAAUCAUUACGGAAGACUUACGUAACGCUUCUAUUUUAACUGUUACGUAACAAUAACUAUCGUUGCGUAAGUUACGUAAUAGAUGCAUACUUUACGUAACAGUUGUAAAGUGUCAUUACGGAAGCCUUACGUAAUGGAUGGUGUUUUUACGUAAUGAAUCUUAAUCAAGUUACGUAAUGUGAUAAGUCAUUACGGAAGUAUUACGUAACACUUCUAAUUUAACUGUUACGUAAGAAAUAACAUUCGUUACGUAAACUUUACGUAAUGAGCUUGUAUUUUAUGUAACAGUUGUAAAAUGUAUUUACGGAAGCCUUAUGUAAUAGCCGAUGCUUUUACGUAAUGAAUAUUAACCUAGCGUUACGUAAAAUGAUAAGUCGUUACGAAAACCUUCCGUAACGCUUAUAGUUUAAUUGUUACGUAAAACCAAUAAACAUUACGUAAGAAACAUUAGUUUUACAUAAUGCGACCUGUAAAACCUACUAUAACAUGUCAAAUAGGUCUAAGUUAUAGUAACUCAGGAGGUCCUAUCUAAGCGCUAAACUACAUAAGCCAAAAAUUGCUCCUGGCCAGUUCAUAUCCAUUCAUCCAAGGCGCCAAAAACAUCAAUUUCUACAAAAGGGCAAAUAAAUUCACCCCCCAAAAAUACAAAAUAACAAAUUGAUAUCCUACCCUUAAUUAAUUACUAUAGUUAUUGCGUAAUGUUCCUACUUUGUUCGUAUAUUUUGGUGGGGUACAGCUCCACGUGGCACGUGAGAGUGACGUGGAUCCUCCCCACUUACGUAAUUUAGGGGUAUUAGUGGAGGAUUAGAGGGGGAAAUUUUUGGAGUUUAUUUAUAUACCCACGUGGAGGUUGGGUCCCUAAUUUGGAUGCGUUUGCCAAUUGACAUCAUCGAGAGAGACAACUACACGAUUGUAUGUAUUAGCAUGGUGAAAGUACGAUUUGUCGUGAUUAAAACUUCAAAUUCGAAACCACAGAGUGAGUAGUGCACCUUAUGUACAAGGAAGGAACAUAUUUGAUAUUUCGGGUUUUUGUGAUCUUAUUUGGCUCGAGAUCAUGUUUGACAUCAAAUUUUCAUUAACAAAUAUUUGAGGAUCUAUUCCAUCACUUGAAGUCUUGAACAUAAUCAAGAGUCGUGUUUUCAUCAUAACUUGAUCGGUGAUUCGGUAUGAAAUAUACCAAGGGGGUUAGUUGAAUCGAAAUCCAAUUUUGAUUUCAAAUGAUCAGUGUAGCUAGCUAAAUAAUAAUUUGUGGGCAGCUUGAAGUACUGAUCGAUCAUUGACAUUUCUUUGAUCAACCGAUCUUAUCAUGAGUAUAUUUUGUACGAUUAUAUAAACUCUUAUAAAUUCGACAUGUUUUGAGUGAAGAAUACAACGUACUUGAGUAUAAAAAAUGAAAAUGAUGAAAAAAUAAAUGAAAGCCUUAAUUUCUAGUCCUACCCACUAGCCGAGAAUCUCAAUUUUCUUGAAUGCCGUAUAGUACUAGUUUGUUUGGAUGUGUGUUUUAUCCUAACUUCAUUGUUGUAUAAAAACAGCUAACGUUUAUAUUCCUUCUUUGUUGUUUGAUUAGGGCUCUAUCAUAACCACCCUUUUAAUUGCUUGUCAAAUUUGGCUAAUUCCGUUUUAGUACCAAAUUACUAUGGCCAAACUAUCUAGUACUAUGAUGGCAUGCAAAAAGUAAAACAAAACCAAGGCAUUAGAGUUGGAAAAGAACUAAUGUUUGGGUAUUGUUAAAAUUCAAUUCAUUAUGAGUCUAAUUAAAUUAAAUAAUUUUACUUUCGGCACAUACUUAUAUUUGAUCUCUUAGUUUGGAUCUAAACUGGACAUAUAGUAUCGGGUACCUAAAAGAAAAUGAAUACUCAAUUCUAUUGCAUUUUUUCUUCUUCUAAUUUUUGCUUAUGAAACAAAAAAGGUUGAAAAGUAAAUUGAAACCGAUUUAAAACCAAUCCAAACUCAAACUCAUUAAAAAUACAUAUGAUCCAUUUGAUUUCGACUUCCGACUCAAUACCUGUAUGAAUAAUGACAAUUGAAUCAAAUUACCCAAUGAGUCGAUCCAUUGUAUUUCGAGAGUGCAUCAUGUGAAUGAUAAUCAAGGCCUACUAAUUCAAUUAGAGAUAAGUUAGAAAAAAUCCUGGUCCUAAAUGAAUUGCAAUUAAUUUACUUUCAUAUUAUACCAUAAUUAAUCGAGUCAUUUUCACCCGAUUGAGGGUAAAAGUCAUUGUCAUUUGUCAACAGAAAGUUUAAUCAUUGGCCUCUCAUAUAUGUCCAUUAUGAUGACAAGUGCAUGAUUGUUGAUAACUUUGAGAUAAUGCAAGAAUUUCAGUAAUUUUUUUUCUUACUCUUAAACUUAGUUUGGACAGCUUACCUAAUGGUGCAUUUUUUUUUUAUAUCCAUAAAAAAGUUUAACUUAAGCUAAUCCUAAACCAUGGGGAAUGAUUUCAGAGUUCAGUAGUUCCAUAGACUCGAAUGGUUUAAAAUAUUGUAUAUGGGAGGAUUCUGGUGAUUGAGCUCUCGUUACUUAUCAAUUCUAGGCAAGAAUCCUUGGAAUAUAUAUGGUGGACAUGCAUCUAGUGAUCUAGAUGCUACGUAGGGUUUGGAUCUGACGGUCAAAUGAUUCUUGGCUAACGAGCAAGCAGAUGUGUGAAGACACCAACGUCGCGAGUCUAAAACGUCGAACAAAUUGUGUUUCGCCAAUUGAACACUCAAUGACAAGCUAGCAAUCAUACGUGAUUCACAUAUGUAUGGUAGUUCAUGAUAAUACAUUUUAUAAUUGACAUUUUUAGUUAAGUAAUACAGAAGCACUAUGGAGAAUGUCAGGUGAGAGGGAAAAAAACCCCUACUAGAUGAAAUGUUCUUUAAAUAAUUAUCAUGUUCCUCUUAUAAGUAAAAUGUACUAGUAAUGGUCCACCAAAAUUAUUUAUUCUUUCUAAUUGACACUAUAUAUAUCAAAAGAUUGUAAUGAUCUAUCCAACCAACAACCAUAUAUAUAUAUAUAUGACUUCUUGCAUUAUGAAUGAAACCCACCCCAAAUCACACAAUAAUAUUCCAUUUUCUUAUGACAAAAAGAUAAAAAAAAACUGAUAAGAAAAACCACAUAAAUAAUAAUAAAAUCAUAACAGUUUCGUGAUUGUCUUAGUUUAUUUUUAUACUAUUUUAUUCUCACCAUCCAAUUUUUCGAGUGCUGAAUUUUUUAUUUGUUAAAUUAAUUUAGUUUCCUACCAUCCAUCUAUUUUCUCCAAUUUUUUUAAUUUCCCCAAACGCCAAAAAAAUGAAUAAUGCAGCCCAAAUGACGUCCAAAUUCACCUCAAAUGAAACCCCCCCUUCCCUCUCUGUAUAUAUACAUGAACUCUUCUUCAAUCCCGCCUUAUGAACAAGGUGGGGGAAAAAAGGAAGAAGAAAUGGACUCCUAGCAAUUCAAUUCCCUCUUUCUCCUUUCGCCCUUUCCAUUUCUUCUUCUGAAUUUUUUUCCUCCGUCGGCCGGAGUACCUUCCUCGAAAAGGGCGGGAAGAAAAGGACCGGCCGCCGGUUGCGCGGGAAAAAAAAAACCCCUUUAUGAUACGUACGCCGCCGCCCGCACCACCACAUGGCGAAAGGCAACAGGAGGUUGACCACCAGCCGCAGCGAACGCCUGCUCGGGGCCUACGGCGGAGGCUAUAGCAACGGCCACCACCACGCCGGCGAGUCGGAGCUCCGGGAGGAGGACGUGUGGUCCACGCUCCACCAUGACGACGAUAGCCGUUACGAUGGGGACAACGGGUCGCUGAGCGAGUGGAGCUCACGCACCGGAAGCAUGUCCAUGUCGACGCGCCAUCGGGCCCCACGCAGCGGCGGCGGAGGCGGCCUGUCGUUGGCGUUCGAGGAUUCCUCCAAUUCCGUCUCCUCGGAGAAAAUUCAGGCGGCGGAGACGGCGGCUACGGCGACGAGGAUUCUGCACCAAUUCCGCGGCGGUGACCGGGCCGGAGGUGGGUCGCGACACGUGGCGUCGUCGGCUCCGGUGAACGUCCCAGAUUGGAGCAAGAUCUACCGGAUCGACUCGGUGGAAUCGCUGCACGAAAUGGGCAACGGUGGCGGUGGAGGGUUCGGCGGCGGCGACGAUCACGACUACUCGUCUGACGAGAUGGUGCCGCCGCACGAGUACCUGGCGCGUGAGUACGCGCGGGGACGGAAGAGUGGAGGGGCGUCGGUGUUCGAGGGGGUGGGGCGGACGUUGAAGGGGCGUGACCUGCGGCGCGUGAGGGAUGCGGUGUGGAGCCAGACCGGGUUUUACGGCUGAGUAAAAUUCGGUUACCUGAAGAAACCACCCAAAAAAAUAUUUCUUAUAAAUAUAGUUUCUUCCUUGCCAUCCUUCCUUGUUCAUCUCUUGAUGUUUAUUUUGUCUAUGGUUUAGAUUGUUUUUUCUAGAAGUUUUAUGGUUUGGGCGAUGAUUCGGUUCGGCCGGGUUUACUGGGCGACGAAGGGAGUUGAGUCAAACCAGCCGGCAACUGAGCUCAAGCUGUUUUCUUGUUGUUUGUUUCUCGUCUGAAUCAGAAAGGUGGGGUCGGACGGUUUGUGGUCUCAAAGCCAAGUUCCAUAAAGAGGGCUAUUUUGGUAAAAAUGUUAAUGGUAAUUAAGUUUUUGAACUAUGUUCUUUCUAAUUACUAUUAUUUAUGACAAAAUUCAUGCAUCUUUGAAUACCAAACUAUCUUAGGGGUCGUUUGCUUCAAGGAUUUGGUACAUGGAUUUGGUACCAAAAAACCAACUAUCAAGGAUUUAGGUACAAUCCUUUGUUUGUUUGCACCUUUUUUGGAGACCAAAUCCGUGGGGCCCACGGAUUUUAAUGGUCCAAAUCCGUGGACCCCACGGACUUAUAAAUCCCACAUGUUGAUGUGGGAUUUGGAAUAUGGCAUAAAUCUUUGAUGAGAUUUUACCCAUAUAUCCUCAUGCACUUUUAAUAUUCCAAGGUUGCCCUCAAAUUUAACUAUUAUACAUUAUAAUUAACAAUAAAUGAAUAAUAUAAACGUUCAAUUAAUGUGCAAACAUGAGUUAGAUUUUUUAUAUCAUUUCUUGUGUUCUAGUUUUCUUUGACAUUUUCAUGGAACGUGUAAUUCUCUGUUCUCCCGAUUCUAAUAUAUGUUGUUAUAUGUCACUUUUGAAAAGGAGGACAAAGAAUUGGUAAUUGAUUAUGUUACGUUAAAAGUUAAAACGGAAUUUUCUCGUUUAUUAUUAUUGUCCAUGUGGCAACAUUAUGCUUAUUAGUAUGUAUUGUCCUUGUUUUGUGUACAUAUCAUAAACAUGUCAAACAUAUAGAAAAUGAUAGUAAGGUAAUUUUGAAUUUUUGUCCUUGUUUUGUGUACAUAUCAUAAACAUGUCAAACGUAUAGAAAAGGGCAGUAAUGUAAUUUUUGAAUUCAAGUAGUAAAUCCCACACCUUUAAAUCCAUGAUAAAAACAUCCCAACAAACAAAGGAUUGUUACAAAUCCAUGAUGCCUCAAAUCCUUGAUAAAUCCUUGGGUUUUUAAUCCAUGAUAAAAACAUCCCAACAAACAAAGGAUUGUUACAAAUCCAUGAUGCCUCAAAUCCUUGAUAAAUCCUUGGGUUUUUAAAUUACAAAACCCUCAUUUUUAAAUCCAUGAAGCAAACGAACCCUUAAUGUAAUAAAGAUAAAGAUUGGAUUUCCACUUCUAAUGGAAGGAGAUGGUUGGGAUACAUAUAGCACCGGUUUGACAGGAUCAGUGAUGCAGUUGAUGAUUCUUUAAAUAGAGUAUGUGUUUCGUCGAAGCUCAUAAAUUCUAUAAUGAAUAGAUGAUUGAACGAAGAAAGAAUGAAAAUUUUAGAGAAGAAUGGAGUUGAUGUUUAAUUUUCAUUCGAUCAGGAGAUGGAUUUAGACCAAAUUAAGUAUGCUACAAAUCGGUGUUUGUAAAUGUGAAUGGUGAAGUAGCUGAAUGGCAAGCUUCAAUAUGAUGUGCUAUAAAUUAAUCCAAAAACUCAUAUUGUGAGGUAGUUCAACCGACUCUCAGAAGUAAACCUGCUCAUCUAAUUCAUUUGUUUAUACACUUCUGUCAACUUGCUUAAGAUUUGCAAUUGAAUUAUAAUCGCCUUACUCGUCCUUUACCCACAAGAUGAAAGGAAGGAGUUUUCACUAUUCAACUUAAUUAUAUAACUCUACCUUAACUUUGUUUGUCGCAUAUUCUGUAAGCAAUAUCAUUUCAACCGUUAGUACGAAAUCGAAACUGAAUGGACCACAAUCUAACAACUUGUGCCCAAUGGCUCUACCUUUGGCCAUCAAGUCAUCGCCCUCAAUUAACUUUGGCUUACCUUUUCAGAGAAAGUGAUACGCUCAUCCACUCACAUCCUUCCAAUUGCAAACUCCCAUUUCCUCCUUUUCCAUGGACCAGUGAAUUUGGCACUCCAAGCUCCAUAUUCUUUCAUCGAUCACCAUUGCUAUAUAAACAGAAAGUGUUAGAUGCUACUACGUUAAGUACAGGUUCUCGUCCCAUUAAGCUGGCUAGCCAGAUUAUUUGGUGGACUUGGAACAAAUUAAAGAUGGAGCGUGAAAUUCUAGAUUCUGAGCAAUUCAAAGGUAUUAACUAAUUCAACUGUUGAAAGAAAUUUUUAGAAGGAUCAUUGUUUAAUAUAUAAUUGUGAGUUGAAAUAGAAAUUUAUUAUUAUUAUUAUUAUUAUUAUUAUUAUUAUUAUUAUUAUUAUCAUCAUCAAAUGACACGUUUAUCCUUAACUAAAAGACUCAAAAUGGGUUGAGAAAUUAGAAAUAUAUAGAAUUUAUUGAUGAGGGACUACUAGGUCGAGUGACUUGAAGUCUGCAAGGGGAGCAGGCCUAGCCGCCCAGGGCCCAGGAAGCCUAAUCCAAUUUGUUGGACUAGGGCGGAGUGGGCUGAAAAAAGAAGGCUGGGCCUCCAGUAUUGGGCUGAGACAUUCAGGCAGUAGGUUAAUAUUUUCGGAAAUCGGUCGGUUAUUCAGAAUUUUGGUUCGGUUCAAACGAACCUGAUUUCCUAAAUUUCCCCUAUUUACAGCCGAAUUUCGAACCUAAUUACAAGUACUUUGGUUUCGGUCGAUUUUUAUUUGGUUCGGUAAAACCGAACCUAAUGCCCACCCCUAAUGAGGGUAUUUGGUGGAAUAAAUAAGAAAGAAAGAGAAAAGGCAGAGAAAAAAAUUCACAAAUGAAGAUUUAGAACUCUUUGAUCAUGAGAGAUUUGAUAAAUCUCGAUUUUAGAGAUUUGAAAUCUCUAUACCUAAAAUUCAUGAUAAAAAAAAUAGUAAUACAAAUUGUUUUUUUAAUGAUUAUAUAGGUUUAUUGAAUCCACAAACCAAUAUUUUUCUUCAAACGACUCCAAUAUGAGAGAUUAAAAUCACCUGAUAAUUAUAUCAUGAUAAAAAUCGGACAUAACUAGACUUAAAACUAUUUCACAAAUAAAGAACGGGACGGGAUGGAAAAAGGAAGGUACAAGUAUUUCUAAUACGUUUAACUAACAAACGAGGCUUUACUCUAUUUUUGGGUUGAAAAAACCCUUAAAGCUAGACUAUACGACUCCCACUUGAACUAUAAUAAUGGAUCAAUAGUUAGUUCCAUAUACUAUUUAUCAGGAUAAACAGUCGUAAUUAAUUUGUUGUUUAAGG